CUUAGCUGACAGAUCUUGAGGAGAGCACGCCAUGGAGCAGAAGUUUGGAAGAAGCGAAGGAGCAGAAGGAGGGACAGCGCAUUCCCCUCAGUUGCAGCAGAAGUUUGGAAGAAACGUAAGUAGCAGCAGGUCUGCUUUUUGCUUAAACGAGGUUGUUCUAUCAGCAUUUUUCUCUGUUCUUCCUCAUGUUCCAUGUGUUUCCUUUAAGAGUCUUCGUUUCUAUCUAAAUAAGCUCUCCAGGUCAUACUUGUUGAUGGAGAGUCCUGCAGCGAGUUCGUAUGUAAGAAACAGGAGAUUUGACAAUUACUUUCAGUCAUGGACUGAUUCUAAUGUUCAGAAUGCAAAAAGGUCAUCAAAUAGAGGAAUGCAAUAUGGAUUCAGCUGGAAAGAUUACACUGAUGACAAUAGUUGGAGUGCUUCCUUAGCUUCUUACAUUAGAAUUAUCACUUGUUUUAUGACAAUGAUGUGUACAACUUUCAUAUGGGGCCUAAUAAUGUUCAUUCUUCUACCCUGGCCAUGCGAAAGGAUCAAGCAAGGAAAUGUGUAUGGCCAUAUAACUGGGUGGCUAUUGAUGCGGAUUUUGGGGAAUCCUAUAACAAUAGAAGGUGCUGAAUACUCAAAGACAAAAGCUAUUUAUAUAAGUAAUCAUGCGUCUCCUCUUGACAUAUUCCUUGUGAUGUGGCUCACUCCAAAGGGCACUGUGGGGAUUGCAAAGAAAGAGAUCAUAUGGUAUCCACUAUUCGGACAGUUAUAUUUGUUGGCAAAUCACCUCCGGAUUGACCGCUCGAAUCCAGCCUCUGCCAUCGAGUCAAUGAAAAAGGCUGCUCAUGUUGUGGUAAAGAAUAAUCUGUCCUUGAUAAUCUUCCCGGAAGGUACUCGUUCAGAAACAGGGAGGCUGCUUCCAUUUAAGAAGGGAUUUGUUCAUAUGGCUCUGCAAACAAGGUUGCCAGUUGUCCCCAUUAUUCUGACAGGAACACAUCUUGCAUGGAAAAAGAACAGUCUACGGGUUAGACCUGCUCCUCUAAGUGUAAGAUACCUUCCUCCGAUAAAAACUGAUGACUGGAGCGAAGACAUGAUUAGUGAGUACGUUGACAUGAUACAUGCCUUAUACGAGAAGCACCUUCCAGAAUCUCAAAAGCCUCUUUUAUAGGAAAGGAUGAUAUGGCGGAAAUUCUAUUUGUAUAGCAAAGGAUGAUAUGACGGUAAUUCUAUUUGUACAGCGAAGGAUGAUCUGAUGGAAAUUCUAUUAUACGGAAAGGGUGUUCUAUCAGGUGCCUGGCAUUCGGCCCAUGUACAUGAAGUUCUUAUUAAUAAUAAUAUGUCCAUUUUUCUGGCAUGUAA